AUGGCCGAGCUUACUACCGGCUGUGUGAUCACUCUCACGGACGGUCGGCAGGCCACCGUCCGGUUUAUAGGAGCUACGAGCUUCGCCGACGGCGAGUGGAUUGGUGUCGAAUUGACCGACGACUCGGGGAAGAACGAUGGAUCUGUGCAAGGAGAACGAUAUUUUGACUGCGAGCCGGGCUUUGGCAUGUUCGUUCGCCCAACUGCCAUCGCCGCAGUCAUUGAACGUCCCGUCCGAACAGCCAAACCCGCAGCCAAACCAGGCACCGCUCCUUCCCAGAGUAGAAGCCGCACUCAGAGCGGCCUAUCUGCCGCACCAGGGCUGAAGAGGCCGGGAUCUAUAUCAGCAAUGAACUCCAAGCGAAACAGCGCCAGUUCCAGUCCGACGCCUACCCCAAAAGGCCCAGCACAGCGCCCGUCUUUGAAGGCACCCUCCAAAUCGCCUACAAAACAGUUAACCUCCGCAACCCCCGCCGGACGUCCGUCUAUCAGCGGCACUUCGCGCCCCUCUGUCGCCGCACCAAAAGCUCGGCCUACUACCACGAAGUCGUCAAUGGGUCCUCCUCCACAACCUACCGCAUCCCGUCCCGCUCGUACAUCCUUAUCCGGAUCCGGAAAUAAGGCAAGCAGACAAAGUUUGCAGGGACCUGCGGGAACCGCAACUUCAGGAUUGUCCAAGCGGCCCACUCUGCGACCAACAGCUACGACCAGCACAUCAGAUGAGGCGAGUCCAGCUGCGGACGACUUUGAACUUAACUACGAUGAUGCGGAAGGUGAUCUCGACAUGGAGGAUUCCGCAUCGAAGCUUGCACCAUCCGCACAAACCAGCUCUUCCCGUCUGUUACCUGGCCAAUCUGCAUCGCCACGACAGCCACAGAAUACGGCCAUAAACAGAGAACUUGACGAACUGAAAACGAAGUUGAAGGUGAUGGAAAAGAAACGAGCCGAGGACCGAGAGAAAUUGAAGAAUCUGGAACAGUUGCAGGCCGACCGCGAUAAAUUGGAGGGUAUCAUUCGAAGCGUGCAGACAAAAUUUCAGCCACAUGAGCGCAAUAUGACCGAGAUGCGUAAACGGGCCACAGAGGCCGAGGCCCGAGUGGAAGAAGUUGAAAAACUCCUAGCGGAGCAUGACUCGCUAAUGGAAAUUGCUAGUCUUGACCGCGAAAUGGCUGUAGAGAUGGCUGAUGCGCAUAAGAUGGAAUGCGAGACCCUUAGACUGAGAGUUGAGGAGCUAGAGUUGGAAGUAGAAGUGCUAAGGGAAGAGAACGAGGAAUUCGGACAGACCAUGACCCCAGAGGAUAAAUCCAGCCAUGGGUGGUUGCAGAUGGAGAAGACAAACGAACGACUUCGUGAAGCACUGAUUCGCCUUCGCGAUAUGACACAGCAGCAAGAAGCAGAGCUUAAGGAUCAGAUCAAGGAGCUCCAGCAGGAUCUUGAAGACUAUGAAGCUGUCAGGUCGAAAUAUGAGACUACGAAGGAAAAGCUAUUGAAAUCAGAAAACAACCUGCGUGAUCUCAAAGAACGGCUCGACUCUGUUCAGGCUCAGGAUGAAUUGGUGGAAGAGAUGGUUGAAAAGAACCUGGCCCUCCAGAAAGAAAUUGAUGACCUUAAAGCGGAUAUUGCUGAGCUCGAAGUAUUGAAGGAGAUCAACGACGAGCUCGAGUGGAACCAUGUUGAAACGGAGAAGCAAUUGCAAGAAGAAAUAGAGUACCGCGAAACUCUCUAUAACGAUCAAGUGCACAGGAUUUCGCAGCAGGAUGAAGUGAUUGAAGAUCUGGAAUACACGCUGACCCGCUUCCGAGAUCUUGUUUCUAACCUGCAGGCGGAUCUGGAGGAUAUGCGGGCCUCCCAACAAAUAACAGAGGCUGAGGCUACCGAUCUUACUGCACGCUCCAGAGCAAUGAUGGACUUGAACCUCAAGUUGCAGUCGUCAGUCGCGAAAGCUCAGACGAAGACGAUUGAUAUUGAGCUGAAACGCAUCGAAGCCGAGGAAGACACGCAACAUCUGUCGAUUUUGAAGCUGUAUCUGCCGGAAUACUUUGAGGACGAACGGAACUCUGUUCUCGCACUCUUGCGCUUCAAGCGAGUCAGCUCCAAAGCAUCAUUGAUGAACAGCACCAUUGAGGGGAUGAUUUCCGAGCAGGCGUCGAUAUCUCCAGCUUUGGAAGACAUUUUUACUGCCCAUGAUGUCCUAGAGAAGCUUCUCUGGAUAAACUCAAUCUGCGGUCGAUUUGAGAGCUACAUCACAAACUGUUCUGCUGAGAGCUUUGGCGGUGUCCAAGGUGCUUUCUACGAGCUGGAACCUGUGGAACGUACGUUAAACUUCUGGCUCGAAGGCUUGAAGAAGAACGAAAUAAACAUGAAGAAGUGCGCCAUCGAACUGCAAAGAUCCAUAUCUCUGCUAUCACAUCUAGCCGAGACUCUACUCCCGACUUCGUUGGAGACAUUCGCUGACGAACUCUGUAUGAGUACGACACUGACACUAUCGUACAUUGAGAAUUCGGUAUCUUCAAUGUUGCGACUCCUCUCCCUACUACAGUCGAAACUUCCGAAGCCUGAAGAAGGCGAUGAAGAAGCCGCAUUUUUGUUCGGCAAAAUUGAAGGCUUUGUCUCUCAAGCUCGCAGCUUGAAAGUUGCCACGGCCAAAAUCAACCGUGCUCUUGGCGAUCUGCGGUCAAGGUCUCUUGCGCUCUCGAAAGAUGCAUGCGGUCCUUUCAAACAGGCGGAGGAUGCUGCGAAGGAUCUUUCAAGUUUAUCGCGACAAAUGGGAGAGAACAUUGUGCUCUUGGUUAGCGAUGAUAGUCGUGCUGAACCGAUUUCCUUGCAAGAGGCCUUAACGAGCAUGUCUCAGCAAGCCACACGAUACCAGCCAGGAACGACUGAAAACAACGACGGCAUGUCGCUCAUUUUCACCAUGCUGCGUAGCCUGAGCGGUACUCUAGAAGAACUUGGCUCUAUUUCAUCCGAUUUAUCUAUUACUUCAGAGUUUGAGAAGCGUCCUUCGCCUUGGAUUGCACGAUCUGCAGAGCUAAAAUCCAGUAAAGCAAACUCCCCGGAUGCCGAGGAAGAAAUCCGUCGUCUGAAAAACGAACUUCGCGAAGCAGCUACUGCGCUAGGCGUCAAAGACAAGAACAUCGAGGAACAGGCCAUCAAGGUAGAGCUCGUCGAGUCACGUAUGCGAGAAGCAAGCAAGAAGGCAGCCGCUGUAAAGGACCUGGAAGCAAAGAUCGAAGAGAUGGCUACAAAAGAGUCCGAGCUCAAAACCACAGUUGAAGCCCAGCGCAAAGAUCUGCAAGGCCUUGAGGCGGAACGAGAUGAGAUUAAAGCACAGCUUGAGAGGGUGAAACGCCUGUCCGGAACCGCCGGAGUCACCGCAUCCCCCGGCACGGUCGUUGACAACGCCGCCUCUCUAGCAGCAAUGCAAGAAAACGAAGCUCUCCGUGCCGAGGUCGAAUCCCUUCAAUCCGCGGUCCGCUUCCUCCGCGAGGAGAACCGCCGCCAAACGAUCCUCGACCCAUACUCCGUGCAACGUUCCUCAGAGCUCUACUCUUGGCUCGACGCGCCACUCUCCCAGAAGGCCGUCCACAAUACCCACCGCGAAAAGAUCCAGCAAACCGCCUCCGAAAGCCGCGAUGUCCUCUCCCACCUCCUCAAACUCACAAAAGAAUCUUCUAUCGCUGACCUCAAAUAUACUCGCUUUGCCAGUGGCACCAGCACUGGCUGGCGCCCGUCAAAGGAGAAGCUCAAAUACCAGGUCCUCCAGCAGCGCGAGGACUUUGAGCGCUGGGCAGAGUGGAAGGAUGAGGUUGUUGGCCUUGGACGCGAACAGGAUCGCCUAGUCGCUGCUAAACAGGAGAGGUUUGUGAGGGGCCCGCGUGCAGGCGGGCGUGGGCAUGCCUCGCAUCCCUCUAUGGGGUAUGGUAUGAUGGGAAGGGCGUGGCAGAUCCUGGGUAUGCAGCAGGAUCACAAGACGAAUGCUGCCCAGUCCGUUGAGCCGGCCAUUGAGCCAACAUUUUAG